GCAAUUGCAUUUUUAUUACACGAAUAAUUUAAUUUUAAUAUGCAAGGACAUUUAUUCCAACCAGAUAUCAAAAGAAACAGAAAAGGCAGUUAAAUUGUUUACAUUUCAUUUUCAAUUAUACAUCAUUCAAGAAAUAGGAAACGUUUUUAUCUAAUCAAAAUAAUGGAUUUCACAAACUUCUUAGUCCGAAAGUGCCCACCAACAGCAAUGUACAUUCCAAAUUUUAUCACCUUCGAGGAGGAAGAGCGGAUUUUAACACAAAUAGAAAAAACACCCAAGCCCAAAUGGACGCAACUACUUAAUCGUCGCCUUAUCAAUUACGGUGGCAUACCACACCCAAACGGAAUGAUAUCUGAAGAAAUUCCUGCAUGGCUGCAGGCGUACGUCGACAAAAUCAAUAAUUUGGGUAUUUUCGAAUCAGAGAAGGCGAAUCAUGUUCUUGUAAAUGAAUACCUCGCUGGACAGGGAAUCAUGCCACACACCGAUGGUCCGUUGUUUCAUCCAAUUAUCACUACACUGUCAUGUGGUUCGCACACAAUUCUCGAGUUCACAGAACGCCAAAAAUCUGGCGUGGAAACUGAUGAAGCUCCAACUCCAAAGGACAUCCGAUAUAAACUGUUGCUUGAACCACGAUCCUUGCUUAUUUUGAAAGACACCCUCUACUCGGAUUACCUGCAUGCCAUUAACGAGUGCAGCGAGGACACACUCUGUGAUCGAGUUUGCAAUUUCGAGAACUGCGAAGCCGCUUAUAAGAUGGGCGAUAAGAUGACCAGAAAGACCCGAAUAUCAUUAACUAUAAGAAACGUUCCAAAAACCUCAAAGCUGAAAAUUAAGUUCUAGACAAAAUUGAGAUGUAAAUUUGCCUAUAUAUUCAGCUCUAUCGCGAAUUUGAACUUCCUGCUUUGUUUCUCCAUCACAACUUUUCCUACCCAACAAAUUUGUGGGCUGGAAAUUGGACACACGAAAUUAAACUCGGAGAGAGAUAUUUUCAGUGAUUUGAAGGCAGUAAAUCGGUUCUUGAUAAAGCUGAUUGUGGACCUAAAUGCACCAGAA